CUUCCGGUCCCUCUGCUGUGUCAGUUUAAAAUAACGAAUGUGAGGCUGGCGUAACGUUUCGCAGGUACGUUUUUUAAAUUCCGAGCUUCUGUUUUUGUAGUUUAGCGUGACAGAAGCAUUACAGAUAAGAAACAAACCAUCUUUACCACUGUGGCAUUAUUAUUCACAUUUACUACACGCGUGCUAACACUUUAGCCACCGCGCUAAAUAUUGACGCCAAUUAGUGUGAGGCUGUGUUUCAAAACCUAGUGAGCUUACUACCUAGACAGCAUUUUGUCGUAUUUAGAGACGUGGUGUUUCAAACUUGACGAGCUGGUCCAAAUGAGGCACCAAGAGGCUUUUAACUCUUGCUACAGGUGCCUGAGCUGAGUGCUUUCGAUAUAGGAGAGAGUCUAUUCAUACAAUUCAUAAUAGAGCUGUAAGCCAUCCAGACGAACAUACGUUUGACAUCAUCCUCAGCAAACCAGAUGUUAAACAACAUGGCCCUUCAAUAACAAUGCUUCCUGAUACAUAGACUCUUUAUUUUAGCUGUGUAACGCACACUUCCUUAUUGUAGCUCUAAAAUAACAAGGGGCAUUGCAAACAUGGAAACAGAAAAAGUUGCAGCUGAGGUACAUGCAGAGGUACCCGCACAACCACCAGCUGAAAAGGAAGAAAACAAAGCGCCCACAACAAGCACAGACCCUCAAGAUGCUGUCACAGACAAUACAAAAGAGAAGGCUUUAACUGUGGUGGAAGGUGAGUCUUCGGAAGUCAUGGAUAAUCCUGCUUGUGACUGGUUGGAGCCACUCGAAGAAGACUGUGAAGACGUUGAUGGCCAGAGCUUUGACCGGGAUGGAACAGGAGAUCCAGAACUGGAAAGCCUUGCGGGAAGUGAAUGGAGUGGGAGUGUGACUAGUCGAAGGAACGUGGGGGAAAGAGGAGGCAGAGGUGGAGGAGCAAAACCUAGGCGGAGGAGACACUUUGACGCGAACGAAAACUGGGAGGAUUGGCCUAUAUUAGGUCAAGGAUGGAAACGUAGACAGGUUUUCCGUCGAUCAGGCACAAGCGAAGGGCGAAGUGACACAUACUAUAUGAGUCCAAAUGGUCAAAAAGUAAGAAGUAAGGUUGAGCUUUUGAAAUACGUAGACGAAUCCUUGGAUCUCAGCAACUUUGAUUUCAAAUCGGGAAACCUUGUCGAUGGUGUGCCUCGGAGAAGAAGAAGGAGAUUUGUUCCAUAUUUGAACCAAAAGGAUGCAGAUGUGACCCCACCGAAAAGUAGUCCCCAUACAUAUCCUGUGACAGACGUCACUCCUACUGAGCCGACUGCAAGUCCAGUUGAGCCGACUGCAAGUCCAGUUGAGCCGACUGCAAGUCCAGUUGAGCCGACUGCAAAUCUAGUUGCUCCACCUUCAGCGGUGGGUCUUGUCAAUGGCAAUGGGGAAACUUCACAAUCUUCGUCUCGCCUCUGCGAGAGAUGCAAUAGAAGCUUUUCAAUUGAAGAGGGACAAUCUAUAUGCCAGAGCUGCAGGAGAGAAUUGAACGCAUCAAUAGAUAGACGUCGGAAACCCAACAAAAAGGGGAUUCCAUGUGGCCAAUGUCGAGCUUGCCAGAUUACAGUGGACUGUGGAAAAUGUGUUAGUUGCAGAAAUAGCCGGCUUCAUCAUCAGCUAAAUGUCCGUUCCCAAAAAGUAAAAUGUCGCAAACGGAAGUGUUUACAUCCGAUUCGCAGGGACAAAAUAGCAAAGGGUAUUCCACAGGAAUCAAAUAAACUCUUUUUAAACACUGCUUCCCUGGACACACCUUAUUUUAAACCACCAGGCUCAGAUUUUGAGGAAUCACAGAGCUCCUUUCUGCAGUACAGUGAUUCAGAAGAGCUGUCUCUGUUCCUUGGUAAUGAUGGUGAAAGUUACCUGGACGAGUUCGGCUCAGCUAAGAUGCGUCGACGGUCAUGUGGGUGUUGCAGAGGUUGCAUUCGAAGAACAGACUGUGGAACAUGUGAUUUUUGCAUGGACAAACCAAAGUUUGGAGGGAGAAAUAAAAAACGACAGAAAUGCCGCCUACGGCAGUGCCAAAGAGAGGCUAUGAAGCACUUGCUGCCCAUGGAUGGGAGUAAGACAGAGAUGUAUAUACCUCAGGACUGGGUAAUCCGAGGCAGACCAAGGUCACGUGGUAGACCCCGAAGCAGAAAACAGUGGGAUUUAGAGCUCUCGGAUAAUGAGGCAGAGCAAUAUGAGAGGCCAAAGACUUCAGGUGCUGCACAUAUGGGCAAUAGGAAAGCAUUCCUUUUUCCCAGUUACAAUGGAAAGAGACCAGGUAUGCAGUACAAAGAGCUUCCUGCAACAAAAUAUGAGAACUCAACCUUUCCCCUAAGCUAUGUGGGGGAGAGUUUUAGGCCGGAGAAUAGAUCCCAAACCUCUGCAACUCUCGGACCAUAUCAAGAACAGCAGUAUGAGGGCGAAUCUUCCCCAUCGAUAACUCAGAUAUUCAGUAUGGCCGACAUCGCUACCAAAGGCAUUGACGCUGACCAUGAGCUGAUGCCGCUUCUAAAGUCUCUUCGCAGCAUGGUACUUCCUGUCCUCUGGUUCUGCAUUGUGGCAGAAGGUCCAAGGUUACAGUUAAUGCAGUGCUCCAAGCGUUCUGCUAUGGCGGACACCUUUGUUAAUAUUGAACCCAGCUUUCAAUAUCACAUCAGUGUCCAGGGACAGCCUCUCCUGCCCACCCACAAACUCUAUGACAUCCACCCAACUCGUCUCACCACAACAACAGAGAUUGUUGCUCUCCUUGAAGACUUGGAAAGGCACUUAGUCUGCCUGGGUUUUGAGAACAAAAAUUCCAGACCUGGACCACAGCCUGUUCUUCCCGAGCGGGCGGCGACAUGUGACUUCCUUAUUUUGCCAGAAUUGGAACGUUGUGCAAAAUGCACUACAAAACCUCAAUAUCAUGUUUAACAUGAGGAAAUCGAUCUUUACGUAAUGCUUUUCACGUUUCUUCAGUUGUUAAACAUUUCAGUCCAAUGAAGUAUCAACCUUAACAUUUAAAUGUUGACUCUACGGAUUGCAUUGACUGCCAAGUCACCUUGUUUGUUUAAUCCACAACAUUACAAUGUGAUGCACGUUACCUCUUCUAAUUCUCAUUCUUUUUCCCUUUAUUUAAUGUUAACUAGUCACCACCAAAUAUACUGCUCUUUUUUGGGGGGCCAAGAGUAGGUCACAAAUAUCUUUCAUUCACAGUUAUGUCAGAGAAAUUUUGAAAUAUAAAAUGAGAAUUUGAAAGCAAUGACUGGACAAGUUUUAUGGUUUAGCAUUUAUCUGUAACAUUUAAUUUUUACACAAGUUAUAUCUACACAUGUUCAUACUGAAAAUAAUGAUGUGCUUCUCAGGGGGGAUUUUUCAGAAUGCAUAAAUAUCAUGGAAGAUCCAUAUUUGAUAAAAGGUUUCAUAUUUGCUAUAUGACAUGGUGUGAGGCUGCUCUCUGUUUUGAAUAGACAAUUUUGUAUAUAGCCUACGGCAAAAACAAUGGCAAAUGAUUUAGAUCAACUAUAGUAUUUUUUGUAUAAUUAUGUUUUUGCUUUUUCUGUUAAAAACACUUUGAAUGAUCUUUGUAUGUUCUUUCAUAUGAUGAAUCUGGAUUCUGUUUAUUUAAUAAAUCAUAAUUGGUUGACA